GAUGUAUUUCUCUGCACGUGUAUGUUUGUGUAGUUCUUUGACGCCAUGCCCACGUCACGAUGACGCUGAGCUCUUUGCCUUCACUCUCACCACUGUCUGAUCCUUCAGACUUCAAGCACAGAGCAGUGACACAACUUGUAAGGAGUCAGACUCGACAGACCAUUCAUAAAACCCCAUCAACAACACAACAACAAAUCAAGCUGGACUCAUAUCAGCCUACUUCUCCAGUUCAUCCUCUUUGACUCACUGUGCGCAUUUUAUUCUUGCGGAUUUUCACUUAUGUCCCGCAAAUCCAGCGAUGACUAUAAUCUGCGUAGUAUGAGCAAUCUGAUGGGCGAGAAGAGGAAGCGAGCGUCGGAUGAUGGAGAGCGGAGUCUCAUCAAGGCUCCGUCCAGCGCGAGCCUCAGCAGCGCCGGUCCCUCAGCAGCGUCCCCUGCGCCCGCGGACCUGGAGCGGGCGGCGCGCAAACAGUUCCAGCAGGAUGUCACGCCGGGUUUCGUCUACGUGCUGGCCGUGUUCUCCGCAAUUGGCGGCUUUCUGUUCGGCUAUGACACCGGGGUGGUGUCCGGAGCGAUGCUUCUGCUAAAGAGGGACAUGAAUAUAACUUCCCUGUGGCAGGAGCUGCUGGUGUCCGGGACUGUUGCCGCGGCGGCGGUGUCCGCGCUGCUCGGCGGGUGUCUCAACGGGCUGUUCGGGCGACGGGUGUGCAUCCUCACGGCAAGCUUCACCUUCGCCAUCGGGGGCAUAGUGAUGGGAUCUGCUCCAAAUAAGGAAGCACUGCUGGUUGGACGACUCAUAGUAGGACUUGGGCUUGGUAUUGGGUCCAUGACCAUUCCUGUGUAUAUCGCUGAAACCUCGCCACCCCACCUGAGAGGACGCCUGGUCACCAUCAACACGCUGUUCAUCACAGCGGGCCAGUUCAUAGCCAGCCUCAUCGAUGGGGCCUUCAGUUACAUGCAGCAUGGAGGUUGGAGGUAUAUGCUGGGUCUGUCAGUGGUUCCUGCAUUGCUGCAGUUCCUAGGGUUCCUCUUCCUACCAGAGAGUCCUCGCUGGCUCAUCCAGAAAGGUCUUACCCAAAAGGCCCGGCGCGUGCUCAGCCAAAUCCGUGGCAACCAGAACAUUGACGAGGAGUAUGAUACUAUCAAAAGCAGCAUUGAAGAGGAGGAAAAGGACUGCGGAGGAGAGGGCCCAGUGAUCUGGCGCAUGUUGACCUACCCUCCAGCUCGCCGUGCUCUCAUUGUGGGUUGUGGACUCCAGAUGUUCCAGCAGCUUUCUGGCAUCAACACGGUCAUGUACUACAGCGCCACCAUUCUGCAGAUGUCAGGAGUACGUGAUGACAAGUUGGCCAUCUGGCUAGUGACUGUAACAGCAUUCACAAAUUUCCUGUUUACUCUGCUGGGCGUUUGGUUGGUUGAAAGGGUGGGCAGACGCAGACUCACAAUGGGGAGCAUCUUUGGUACUGUUUUGAGUCUGUGUAUCCUGUCUGUUGGCUUCCUUCUGUCAGCCCAGCAUUCCCCUCCUGUUACACUACAUCAGACGGACCCCACAACACCCAACUCCAGCUGCACAACACAUCUGUCGUGUGAGCCCUGUAUGUUGGACCCCAGCUGUGGUUACUGUUAUCAGGAAAACAGCACUGCUGUGUUUGCCUCCUCCUGUGUGCCCGUCAAUCCGACCUCAACCGAGAGAGCAGCGUGGGGCAAGUGCUCCAACUCCACACAUAUGCCAGAUAGUGGUAUAUGGGCUUAUAACUUUUGCCCAACCUCUUAUUCAUGGGUUGUGCUCCUGGGACUUGUGCUCUAUCUCGCAUCUUUUGCCCCAGGAAUGGGACCGAUGCCAUGGACAGUUAAUUCUGAAAUCUACCCUCUUUGGGCCAGAAGCACAGGCAAUGCUUGUUCAGCUGGGGUGAACUGGACCUUCAAUGUGCUGGUGUCUCUAACGUUCCUCCAUAUGGCCCAGUAUCUGACUUACUACGGCGUAUUCUUCCUUUAUUCCAGUUUGGCUCUAACUGGUUUCUUUUUCAUUUAUGGCUGCCUCCCUGAGACUAAGGGACGGCGACUAGAAGAAAUUGAGUCCUUGUUUGAAAACCGGCUCUGCUCGUGUGGUAUCUCGGAUUCUGAUGAGGAUCGGCAGGUGGAAUACAUCCGGGUAAAAGGGUCAAACUACCACCUAUCGGACAACGACGCAUCAGAUGUCGAAUAACGUGUGAAACCUCUGGUUUGGUGUCGAUUGAGCCUCGUUCAACCCUGACGUCAGGUCCGCCCACUGUAUUGGUCAGGUUGAGCCUCUCUCAUCCAGACGUUCACCGCGAUGGCAAGAACAGGGUUGUAGAGCACACACAAACAAACACGCAGUGCCAUGUCAGCUUUUAUGAUAUUGUCAGUAUGUUUCUGGCUCGUUCCUUCACUGUCAGAUGAAUAUCCUCUGCUUAUUUAUGUAAAAUGAGAUGUUAGCUGUAAAUUCAGUAAUAUAUAUAUGCAGAAGGAUAUUAUUGUUUUUGUCUUAAUGUCACCACUUUAGAAGUUUACAUUUAACUAUGGCAACUUCCAGUUCUGAGAACCCUAAAAAUGUGAAAAGGGUUUAUUGUAUUUUAGAAUAAUAAUGAAGUCAUCAAAAUAUUAAAAAUAUCAUUAAUGGAAGUGUUGGAAUUAUGUAGUGAUCAAAAAUAUUCAACAAAUAAUUCUUUUCUAUACAUUCAAGUGCGUCUGAAUUUUUGACUAGUAGUCUAAAUUAAUCCAAACCAAUUGCCUAAAAUAAUGUGACUUCCUGAAUAUCAACAAAAUAUAAUAAUGAAGUGAAGUGAAUAAACAUAAUUUGACAUGUCCUCCUCAUUAAAAUCUUCAAGGCUUUUAAAACAUGAUAGUGAUAAUACGUGGUCCGUCUUUCACUGUCUGGUUUUUGAAAAACCAUAGAUUAUUUUGUAAUUUGAACCUUCAUGUUUAUAGAAUUAUAGAUCAUUGCCACAAAACAGUCAUAUGUAGCUUUCUGCAGUUUUCUUUGAUAGUGUAGUGUGGCCUUAUAAAAUAUUUCAAUUUUUAUUUGUUUGUUUCAUUAUAGUUUUUUGAACUCAUUUCUUUUUUAAUUUAAUUCUUUAUUUUCCUUCAAAUGUAAAAAUGUUAAAUGUUUACAUUUUAAAUUUUAUGAUUUUUUAUUAAAUACAUAUAUUUUUAUUAUUAUUUUUAUUUGUCUUCCUUAUAGCCUAGUGUACAAAAAUCAUUGCAGUUGGUCUUGUCCAUGGAACAGUGUAGGAUAACCGUUUCGACAAGUACUGUAAUAUCCAAAUGUUCUGUUGUGCUACUUCGUAAGUAUACAAAUAGACAAAUACACAUCAAAGUGUGCCAAAUCCACCUGAAAAUCUCUAUGUUGUGGUUGUAGCUUUAUCAAAAUCAAGUUGAUGGCUUUCGUAAAAGCAACCAAUAACUUGUCAGCUUAAGUACCUGUUUAAAGGUUUCACUGUGUUCAGUGAUACAUAAUUGUGCACAUCAGACCUUGUGUAAUGUGUGUUUUGUUCAGAUACUGUACAUGAUCAUGUGUAAUUUGACAUUUUCCAUUGGAUAAAACUUAAUUUGGUUGAGAGAAGCACAAAUUAAAUUGGCACAAUGUUUGGCAUUAUAUCAAUUUAGAUUUUACGGGAAAAGUUCACCCACAAAUACACCCUCAAUCAUAAUUACUCACCCUCACAUCGUUCCAAUUUUUUUUUUUUUUUUUUCUGUGGAUCAUAAAAGGACACAUUCUGAAGAAUGUUCAAGCUGCUCUUUUCCAUAUAAUGAAAGCAUAUAGUGACCAAGGUGGGCCAAUCUCCAAAAAGGACAUAAAAAAUCUGAAUUUUUGACGUUUUUUGGGUGAACUAUUCAAAACCAAUCAAAUCUCUAACAAAAUAUAUUAUUGCUUCAAUUAAAGUCCAAGAAGAGAUGUUAGAAAAUUUUCAGUCUACAUGUAUAAUGUAAUUUAGAGGUUUAUUAAACAGUUUCAUGUGUACCAGAUGUAUUUGAAUUUUAGAUUGUACUCCAACAUGGACAGUCCUUUGUGUUAUUACCAAUGAACACAUCUGUUUUAAGUGUAUGGAUGUAUUUUUUUUUUAUUUAUUUAUUAUGUGAAACAAAAUGCAGCGUUUCUACCGUUUAUGGAAACUAGUGAGGACAAAUGUUGUGUUGUACAGUAUUUGAUUACUGUUGCUGUACUGUUGCUAGAUUUAUAUUCUAUAAAACUAAAUAUAUGAACUUUGAAAACUUGAAUAUGUACUUGGAGAUAAUAAUAAAGACAUAUAACAUACAA